AGAGGAAGCAGGAGGGGGCAGAGAAGGGUGUGGAUAGAAAGAGAAACUUACAAGAGAGGAGAAUGGUGAAUCUGCUGCACAGCAUGAAAUUCUCCUUCAUGGUGACAACCCUGAGCCUCCUGCCACUGCUGGACUGCAUCAGAGGAAAAGAGAGCUGCAAGGCUUUGCAGGAAGAACCCAGGGGGGACUCUAGCCGCAGCUGCUGUGACAUCGGCCUGACCAAUGGAGGUUUACCAAUACAACCGGAGUCAGUCAACAAAAUCACAAGCAUCUCCCCAUUGUGUGAUGAGCUGGAGAACGAGGCCAACGCCUUCUGCAAAUGUGUGAUGGACGAGAUCCACAGGUUCUGGCCUGCCUUCGAGGAGUACCUCAUCGGGGAAGAGGUGAAUGAGAGUGUCAUAGACUUAAACAAGACAAAGGCGCGGGUCCAGAACGUGAGCACCUCCAUCACCCACGAUCUCGUCUUCACAAUCACGCCGAAUGAGGUCCCCAAGGAGCUAGACACAAGUGUGAAGGGAAAGGUGAGCAACAUAAGACUCCCCAGGGGACUAUUUCAGUCCUUUCACAAUAAGACAGACUACGUCAAAGUGGCAGUGCUGGUGCUUGACGUUGGAGAAGUGAGCAUGUUUAAGGACCCGGACCAGACAGGCACCAUGCUAGACAACGUCACGGUCAGUGUGAACGUGGGAGGCAGGCAAAUCGCUGGACUCAGCGACUGUGUAGAACUCACCUUCUCCCACGGACAACUGCCCCGGAACUUGCCCGUUCAGUGCGUCUUCUGGGACACCAAGAAAGGCAAGCGUGGAGGAUGGAACACAUCUGGCUGCCUCACCAUACCCAGAGACAGGGAGACCAUGUGCUGCUGUGAUCACCUGACCUUCUUCACCCUCUUAAUGACUCCGUCCCUAGACAACAUCGCAGCCCAGAUGUUAUUAACUAUCGCAAACGUUGGCUGUGGGAUUUCCGUGUUCUUCUCAGCCCUCACCAUCGGCCUGUACUUUGCUCUAAGGUUCAUUUACAAAAAAUUCCAGUCCAAUGACACGGUCAAGAUCCACGUGAACCUCACGAGCAGCCUGUUCCUCCUGAACCUGGCCUAUCUGCUGAACAAAUGGAUCAUCAGCCUGGGCCAUCAGGGGCUAUGCCAGGGCAUCGGAGGCUUCACCCACUACUGCCUGCUCUGCUGUUUCACCUGGAUGGCCAUCGAGGCUUUUCAAGUCUACCUGUUGGUCAUCAAAGUCACCAACAUCUACAUGCGGCACUACAUGGUGAAGCUGUGCCUCGUCGGCUGGGGCUUCCCUGCUCUCGUGGUCACGAUCACUGGCAGCAUAAACAGCUAUGGAAAAUACACCAUUACGGAUAUGGCCAACCAGCCCGCCGUCACCCUGUGCUGGAUAAACUCCACUCACGUGGUGGUCCAUUACAUCACCAACUGCAGCUACUUCGGCCUGAUCCUCCUCUUCAACACCCUGGUCCUCGUGGUUGUAGCCUGGAAGCUGUUCAGCCUGCAGCGCACCACAGCGGGGAAGGAGGAGAAAAUAGAGACCUGGAAGAGGGGCUUCACAGUGCUCGGCCUCUCCUGCCUGCUGGGAGCCACAUGGGGGCUGGCCUUCUUCACCUACGGCACCAUGUCCGUGCCUGCAGCCUACCUCUUCACAGUACUGAACUCUCUCCAAGGUUUCUUCAUAUUCAUCUGGUUCAUGGUUCUCUACUAUCCAAAGAAAGAUACAGCCACAUCCUCCUCCGGCAGCGGCAAGAAUGUGAAAGUCACCACCGCUUCCCGCAGCUAGGGGUAGCGCCAGCUUCUCUUCCAGGCGGGGGGGCUGGUUCAGAGGAAUUUGCCCAGUCCACAUAGCUUCCUCAAUGAGCGGAGAGGGAUGGGUAGGGGACUAGCCAGGUGGAGAGCUCCACUCAGGCUUGCUUGGCAAGCACAAUCAUGCAGUACCUGAGCCUCUUUCUGUGCUCUUUCCCAUGGGGAGGGGGGGGGGGAAGAGGAGGAGUUUUGUCUAACAGUCAGAGCAGGGAACUGGAAGUAAGUGGCCUGAAUUCUGUGUCUUGUUCUGAACCUGAUGCACUGCGUGAGGAUCAGACUAAUACCUACUUUACAGACAGGUGAACCAUGGCACAGAGAAGUUAAGUUAUUUGCCCCCAGCUACUUCACUAUGGCUCAGUUUACCCCACUGUGAAAUUGAUCUGCCAUCAGAGAAACUCUUCGCUGUGGCCAGCCUCUGUCUGAUUAAGGGGCCUCGCUUACUUGAAGACAGAGCCUAGAGCACUGGCAUCUCCCGUACUGCAGCUAGAGCGCUUCAGCGAAUGUCCCUGCAGAUCAUCAUAGCUUUCUUGUGGUCUCAGGAAUGCCCCUUAGUCACUGAGGCCAAGAUCUGCAAGGUAUUUAAGCACCUUACUCCCCUUGAACUUUACUUCUAAGAAGCUCCCUCUUGAGAGAGAGGGGAAUGAGAUCUGAACAGAAACUUCCGGGCAUAAGCUUGAUGGAUUCAAGCUCUGUAGCAGCCCCAAUUUUGCCCCUUUAGUUAAGGCAGAAGAGGACCAGGGGCUAGGAACCGAGCCAGCAAGAAAAUCUUUCAAGUUUCACCCCGUCCGGCUGAGCUCAGAGUCAUGACAGGUUCAUGGAGGGAGUUUAACCGAGUUACAGCACUAUCAGGUAAGAGGAUUCCAGCCCCCCUUUUGCAGGAAUCCCUCUUGCUACGUAUUAAUGGGGAAUCAGUUGGCUCCUGGGAACAAUUCCCAUUUAGCAGAUUCCAACAAACAUAGAGGUAGAACGCUGCACACAUCUCAGCGCUGCAGAGGCUUGAUAGGCUGAUUUGUUUCUCUCAUGCCCCUGGAGUUGAGGAAGCAACUCUUCCAUUGAUCAGUGGGAACUACAUUAGGCACUAGCCCAUUCCAGCAAAGCCCCUGUCCACAUUUCUAAUCCAGGGCACGGCACAUAUACAGCUGAGGACUUUUGAAUAAACAAGUGAAUUACUA